CCUGCUUUCUACCUCUAAACUCUCUGAUCAAAUUACAAUGUUUGCACAGCAGAAGUCCGGGAAAGCGAAACUCGACGAUGUCACGAAGAUCCUCACCGACCUCAAGACCGAUCUCGAUACCCCAAAGCUCUCCUCCAAACAACGAAGGCAGCAGCUUGAGCAGCUUAAGGUCUACGGUCGAGACCCCACCAAUGCCGACCCCAUAUUUACACAAGACGGUCUCCGGACAUUAGGCCGCUUUGCCUUCAAGGAGAAGGACACAGCCGUCUCACAAGAAGCCUUGAGGUGCAUAGCCAACGCCUUGCUUCUCCAGCAAAAGGCACGCCAGAUCCUUGUCGAUCUAGGGCAUGGAUCUGACGCAGCGGAGAAGUUCAAGAGCGAAAGUAUCGACGAUGAAUUCCUUCUCUCACGUAUUCUCUUUCUCACAACCUACGGCGCAAAUCUCGACUACACAGAGCUCGUGAACGAGCACCACCUCGCUGAUAGUAUCAAUGCCGCUUUGCAACGCCAUGCAGACCGCUACACCGAGCCACGGCGACGGACAAAGGAACAUGCAGCGCCCAUGGACCUCAUGGCUCUGUCGGAGACCCUCAAACUGCUCUUCAACAUCACGCACUUCCACCCCGACCUCUCGCAACACUUCACCUCCUCAAUCACCCACAUCUUCAAGAUUCUGCUCCACCGCGACGCUCCCACGAAUCCCCUCGACGCACCCAUAUCCUUCCUCAUCAACGCGCUGCUGAACCUCGUCCGCGAAGAAGGCACAGGCAGCGCCACACAACCACACGACCCAGACUUACACGCUGCACUUUUCCCCUCCCUCGAGCCGUCCAUCAACACAACCCAUCUAACGACGAUCCUCGACAACGCAAUCCAAUCCUACCCCGCCUCCGAGCUUGACGCCACAAUCUCGCCUCUCCUCACCCUGCUCCGCCGAACCUACGAACUCGCGCCCUCCGACGUCCAAAUCGCCAUGCAGUCCAGACUCCUCCCCUCAGACAGCGACCGCACCCAGCCCCUUGGCAAGACCUCUUCGCUCCCCUCGCGACUGCUGAAUCUCUCCACGAGCGCCCAGACACCCGCGCUGCGCGACUCGAUUGCAGCGUUCAUGUACGAGCUCUCAUCGAAAGAUGCCGCGACGUACGUCGCGAACGUCGGGUACGGAUACGCGUCUGGCUUCUUGCUUUCGAAGAACAUACCCAUGCCCGAGAGCGCGAUCAAAGACGCGGGACUUGCGGGCGGGAGCCGCGCAGUGCCAGUCAAUCCCAUCACAGGACAAAGGCUGGACAAGGAACAGCCGGUGGAGAUGCCGGAGAUGUCACAGGAGGAGAAGGAGCGCGAGGCGGAGAGGCUGUUUGUGCUAUUUGAACGCUUGAAGAAGACGGGCGUUGUGAAUGUGAAGAAUCCGGUUGAGGAGGCAUAUCGGAGUGGGCGGAUUGAGGAGAUGAGUGACUCGGACUGAGGAACUCAUCACGACAUGACGUUUGCAUGAGAACUGGGUUGUGAGAUGGUAUAACGAGAUGGAUUAGUUUUGGUAGUUAGAUACAUGAACCCCACACACAAGAUGUGCCGAUCAGCUACCGAGAUGUCGCCAGACGCGCCCAAGCUUGCGCCGCAGAAUGCAAUGUUGCCGAAGCUGUUGCAGUGGGGAAUGCUUCCGCCG